UAUUUGUUUAUAGUGAAAUUUUUUUUAAUUAUUGUUUAUUUUUUAAUGUAUUUGGUUUCUUAAGUUACAUAGAUUAAGAGAUAUUAAAGAAUAAACAGAGUAUUGGCUGGCUUUUGACUUUAUGGCAGUGUGGUUCAAAAGGAGAGUUUUAAGGAGGUUAGUUAAUUUUUUCUUGCAAUUUUAUACAGUAUAUCUGUAUAUUCGGAUGUUUGGUGUGUAGAUGCUGUUGAGAGUACGUUUAUGAAGUAGGAAAACUAGGUGUGCAUUGGCAGACCGGAGCGCAGCAGCUUUUCGCUUGUGUGAAAGAUAAAUAAUUUUUAACGUGCUACCAGUAGCACUUUUAGUACUUAACCUUUGUCAAUAAUUUAACCUACAAAUAUAACGAGCCAGGAACAUUUUCGUAAUGACCUUUGGUAACAACCUUUCGUAACGAACACAGAUACAUUUUUGCAUUGGCGCUGAACUUAAAAGACUUUCGGUACGAUUUAAGAAAGGAAAUUGAUUUGAUUCUACGAAAGAUUUAUUUAAAUGUUAUAUCAUCAUUUAGUUUUAGACUGUCAAAAAAAGUUGGAAAUGAGUGAUUUGGAUAGGCGGAAGUUAAAAUGAAAAUUAUCUUAAGGUAUAGUGAGUUGAUUAAUAGGGUGGUAGAAAUAAUAUUUAUGUUAAUAAAUGAUGAAAGAUAUUAUGUAAGAAAAGGAAAAUAUGGAAUAUAUGAAGGAAAAUAGAAAAUAUAUUACGGAAAAUAUGGAAAAGGAUAUUGUGGUAAAACAUAGAAAGAAUAAGUGGCAUUACAGGAAAUUUAUUUGGCAUUGUGGAGUUAUGUUGUGCAGAUAUUGUAGUUGAUAAAAUCAAAUUGAAGAAACAGGUGGGUGUAGUGUUCCGUAUGGUUUAUUGUAUAGUAUAUGGUGCGUAUAAUGUACUGUAAAGUGGACUGGUUUUAUGGUUUGAAUCUGGGUAUAUUAUAGAGUAAAUAUAUUUAUGGAUGAACGAUUAUUUGUGUGGGAAGAAGAUAUUUUGAAGAAACAGAUUAAAAUCGGAAAAAUUUGGAGAACAUGAUUUUCAUUCCGAUUUUUUUCCCGAUUGUUUGGUUGUAUGUUGGAGUUGUUUUUGUAUACAUGCCAUUUCAUGCCAUUUCAGGUGUAUGGUUAUUAUUGGUAUUGAAAGGAAAGUGGGGGACAAGAAUUUGGUUGCAAAUCGUUGACGACAGUGGUGUUGUGGAUGUUGUGGGAUAUAAUCAAAUUCAACAGCAAUUAUUUGGACAUUCAGCUGCUGCGCAUCAAAGCGGAUUGAUUGGGAUUCACGAUUUUUCUGCUAUGAAUAAGCAAUUUCGCGUCAUACUGAAACAGGCUUAUACUAAUAUUGAAGGUCGGAGCAAAGAAACAAUCAGCAUUACGUAUAUGGAAGAAAAAAAGCCAGACGAAAUUCCAGGAAGUGCUAUGGAUAUUGUUGUCACUGACGACAAUACAACCGUACUGCAGCCUGAAUCCAGCAAACGAUCUGUUGGAACUCCGAAGAAACGAAAUAAGUGAAUGGAAUAGCAUGAACCGUUGCUUUUACUUUGAGAUGGACCAAUCGUUUUCAUUUUUAUUGUUGUUAUUUGAGCGAUUCAUCAAUUUAUUACCGCCAUUAUACCAUUUUUUCUAAGUGCAUUAUAGUUAUCUGUGGUAUUAUUAUCUGACAGUGGUGGUGCGGUAUUAUUAUCUAUGUGAUGUAGUUAUGUUGAAUUACUCGUUUAAUACUUGUAAAGUUUGUAUCUUAGUAUUUUUCUUAUACUGAAAUACACUAUUAUUUUGUUAUUUUGUAUUGGUUUUGUAGUAAUUAACUUUUAAAGUUACCAAUAAAUAAAGGACAAAAUAAAUAAGGCAA